UUACUUUUUUAGUCUCAUAAUACGAUGAAUUGGGUAUGUUUUGAUGGACCUGCCACAUCUAAUUGGACAGAUUAUCUCAACCAUAUUUUAAACAACAAUCAAAUUACAUCUCUGAUGGAUGGAACAAGGCUUCAGUUGCCUGACAAUGUGAAGAUCAUACUUGAGACAACUGACCUUGAGAAAGCUUCUCCGUCUUUGUUGUUUAGAGCAGGUAUUGUUUAUCUGGAUGAUGGUGCCCUUGGCUGGAAGCCACUCUUUAAUGCUUGGCUGAAAACAAGACCAGAGAGAGAACUCGAGGUUGUUAACAAUCUUAUGGUGAAGGUGAUAAGCCAAGUUGCUGAAUUUGUGAAGACUAACUGCAGACCUCUGUUGACUGUUUGUGAAGUGGGUGUCUUUCAGACGUGCUUGGCUUUACUGACCACAUUGCUUAAUAACUACAAAGAAACAAGAGAAAUUUUUGAAGUGAUGCAUGUUGAACGGUUGUUCUUCUUUGCUGUUGUCUGGUCAUUUGGAAGUUUGCUUCCAGAGGCAGAUCGAUUGCGGUUUAGUGUCUUUGUUAAAUCUCUAACAGAAUGUUUUCCUGAUGAUGAUCGUGACGUAGUGCCUUUGACUGUGUUUGAUUUCUAUGUUGAUGAAUCUGGAGAAUUUGAUCCUUGGCAGAUGAGAGUGCUAGAUACUAACUACUCUGAGGCAGGAGAUAUGCUAGGAGAAGUGUACGUACAAACACCAGUGAUGGCUCGUAUAGACCUUUUAAUGGACUUGGUGACUGCAACCAACAAGAACAUAUUGCUAGUUGGUCCUGCAGGAGUGGGCAAAACAUUAGCAAUAAAUCGGUUCUUAAAAAAAACAGAUCAUGAAUCAACUAUUGUGAAACGACUCGCAUUCUGUCCUUCUACAUCAUCUCAUUCUCUGCACGACUUUCUUGAUGCCAACAUGUAUCACAGACAGGGAUUUAUGUAUGGUCCUUUUGAUGGUAAAUCAAUGAGACUAUUUAUUGAUGAUUUGAAUUUGUGUGGGAGCGAUGAGUUUGGCAACCAACCAGCCAAUGAGCUUCUGCGUCAAGUCUUGGACAAACAAGGAUUCUAUUGCUCAAAGACAACUGGCCAGAUGAAGAGAGUGGAUGAUGUCUCUGUGAUGGCAUGCAUGCGCACUGCAUCACAUGUUGUUGUGCCUAAUCUGUCUGAGCGAUUGACACGCUACUUUGCUGUGUUUUAUCUUCCUAAAUUGUCAUCUGGCUCAAUUCACCAUGUUGCUUUUUCAGUUCUUAAGGGUUGUAUGACUCAAAAUAAUGGUAUUGGUCUGAGUGAUGAGAUGCAUGGUGCACUGGUAAAGGCAUCUUGUGAUCUUCUUAAACGAAUUCAACGGAACUUACAGCCAUGUGAGCUGCCUGGUCGCUCUCACUACUGCUUCUCUUUGAAAGAUCUAAUCAAAGUCUUUCAGGGACUGCAAUAUUGUAAGGAUGAGAAUCGUGAUGUAGAUAAAUGUUUAGUAUCUGCAUGGCAGUAUGAGGUAAAGCGUGUUUUCUUGGACAAAGUUUGUAGGAAUGUUGAUCAUACUUGGAUUGAGGAGACAAUCCAGCUUAUUACUGCAGAGCAUUUCAAAGAAGUUAUCAUUGAAAAGGGCCAGACUUUUGUGACAUUUCCAGUAAAUGUUCAAGCAUUUCAACGUAAGUGCAGUGCAAUGUCUCACUCUGGUUGUGCCAUCAAAACAGAGCUCAUGAAUGAUGAACAAAUCAUUAAAUCUCUCAACAAAUACAUAGACAGAUAUUGUGAGGACUUUGGUCCUAAGAGCCUGAAGAUCACAUUGUCAGAACUUGCGCGUCUACACAUUGUGAGAAUGCAUCGUAUAUUGUCAUUCUACAGAGGAGAUAUACUGAUGAUAGGGAGAGAGGGCAUGGAGCUACAAGCACUAGCCAAACUGGCACUCUAUAUGUCAGGUUUUGAAGUCUUGUAUAGUCGCAAGGGGUUGUCACAAGUGAAUGACAUGAGCGAUCUGCUACGAGAUGGUUUUCGGCAAGCUGGCUUUGAUGGUAAAGGUUCUGCUGUGGUUCUGUCAGAUACAGACCUUGAGGAUUCUUUUGUAAUGGAAGCUAUCAAUGCAAUUGUUGUUUGUGGUGAAUUGCCACUAUUGUUCUCAAACGAUGAGCUUCAAGGACUGCUGCAGUCUCUUAUUCCAACAAUAAAACGGGAUUUUCCAACGUCUGUUAUAGAUCCAAUGGACUAUUUCACAGCUCGGAUACAGCGAUAUUUUCGUCUCGUAGUAUGUUUAAAACCAGAACAUCCAUUGCUUACAAGUCAAGCUCAUUUGUAUCCUGGAUUGAUCAGAGGACUUAACGUCUUGUGGGUGAGAGACUGGAAGGAAAGCAUGGUGACAAGUGAAGCCAACAUUCUGCUUGCACCAGCUCUAGCAAGUCUGGGCAGUGAUACAAAGAAUCAUCUGAUUACAAGCAUUGCUGCAAUUCAUUGUCAGGUUAUGAGAGACAGCAAACAGAUUAUUUGGGCAGACACACGCUUGACUGAGUACCACAAAGUUCCAGAGCCAUCAGUUAGUGUAUCAUCAGAUGUACUUAAAGAGCAACGACCAGACUCAGGUUCUUCAGCUCAAUCUAACAUGUCAAAAUCUACAGCUCGUACAGUCAAAAUGAUGCCUGGUGAAAUUUUGUUGGAAAGGAUCAAGUUUUUGGAAAGUCAGCAAACGAAGAAAGAUCAACACAUGCCGUUUGUUGGACCCAAAAUGUUUACUCGCUUUAUUGAGUGCUUCAGAAGGAUUUACACUGCAAAGAAGCAACGGUCUGCAAAAAUGUUGUUGCAAUUGAGGUUAUCAUUGUCUACUCUGGAUCAAGCAACUGUUCAUGCUAGAAACUUACGCAAAACGAUUGAGGAAUUGAAUAGGAAGUACUUGACUACAUCUGAACAUGCUUCAUCUCUUCUGUCUGCUUUGACAGGAACUGCUUCUUCUGUUGAACAGCUGUCAGCACAGGAAGAGGGCAGUACUGGCUUUAUUGCAGCAUUUUCUUUUGCUAAUGUUCAGGUGCAAGAGUUACUUGUUGAUGAUAAUGAUGACAUGGAGGAUGACUUACUGGAGGCAUCUAUAGAAAGAUAUGACUAUCAACGACAAACUCUAUUAGAUGACAUACAAGAUGCAGAAAAAAAGCAAGCACCUUUGGAAGAGAAAUUGGUGGCUAGUCGAGACAAGAUUGCUUACUGGCGUGGCAAAAUAGAUAGAAAUACAAUAGAGAGACUUCGUGUUUUGGUCAGUCCUCCUCGUGUCAUUAGUAUUGUCAUGGAAUUGGUCACAGCAAUUGUUCGACGAGCACAAGAACAGAACUUAGAGUUGGGGAUGAUGGCUGCUGGGAGUCGUCCGGCGUCCAGUGUGGUAUUAUCUUCAACUUCUACUAGAAAAUCUGUUGCUGGGUUGGUAUUGCCAAGUGAUAUGAUCCAGUCAAAGUUGGAUCGUGACCAGUCGACUGUAGGGACAGUAGGAGAGGCACAGAAAGUUGUUGACACGCUGCAACAGGUAUCUUGGGAAGAAGGUCUGCAUCCAGACAUCGCCACUUUAAUUGAAACUCAUCUUAGUCCGAACUCUUCAACUGAACAAGGCACUUCGACAACAGCGGACACACAUCGGCAAACACGUCGUGACACUAAGAUUAAAAUGAGUCGUUUUAGCAAGCAAGCAAAGACUACUGAGGCAACACCUGUAAUCACACUUGCUAAUGCAAAGUAUGCUUCUGAAGAUGCAGCUACAUUAAUGCAGUAUCUUAAUGCUCUUCUUGAAUAUCAUCAUAUAUAUCUUCCAUAUAAGGAAACUCAAAUGCACCUGGUCAACUGGAACAAUGAGAUCAUUAAGCUAGAAGAGCGGCAGCAUACAGAAAGAAAAGUUGACAUAAAGAAAGCGAUCAUUGAGCAGGAACAUGAGGCUGAACCUGUCUUGAUGAAAGAGGACUUAUCAAAAUUAGAGCAAAGUUUGAGUGAUCUUUAUGCACAGUUUGAGGAGGCAGUCAUGGUGAAACACAACAUUGAUCAACAACGAAUUGCAGCUACUGAAAAGCUUCGACACGGAGAAACAGCCCUGGAUGCGCUGAGUAAUCUGAGAGUAAAAUGGGUUAAUCAGAUGGCUGAAGUGGAGGGUGACCCAGGUCUUCUGACAAAUUGUCUGGCUUCAGCUGCUUUUGUAACUUACUGCCUGCCAUUGGAGCCUUCUGCCAGAAUGAAACUGGCUGCUUCAUUUGUGACAAUUGCACAGAAACAUGGCUUGCCAGCUCCAUCCAAAAAGUUGUUUCACGACUUGUCUGUUGUAUCUUUUCUAGAAGAGAUGGAUGUUUUCUCUUGUGACAAGGAAGAGUAUAGCCUUGAGUGGAAUCUAUCAGAUGAAAUCUCAUUGCAGAAUGCCUAUUUUAUUAUGCAACAAGGCAUUUUCCAUCACUGGCAAGUAAUUGUUGACAAACAAAGGUUUGUUGUAUCUUGGCUUCAAAGAACCAAGAAGGGUCUAAAGGUGAUAGAACACGGAAGCUCCAUGCUUCGAACGGUGCUCAUAGAGUGCCUGACUGGAGGGUUCCCAAUUCUUAUUCUUGACAUACAGCCACAACUGCUUCUCUCCGACCCAAUUCUCACAAAUGUUCUUCACAGUUUGGAUAAAUUCUUUGAUCGGCAGAGCCUAAAAAGCUUCAAGAUAGCAGUGGGCAGUCAGGAAGUUGUGUGUGCUUCUGGAUUUAUGCUUUUUAUGACCACCACUGUCUCUGUUGAGGAGCUAUCACCAGAGUUUAUGUCAUCAUUUAUUGUUAUUCAGUUUGUACCUACAUUUGAUGGCAUCCAAGGCUUGCUGUGUGAUUGGUAUGUGCAGACAGAGCAAAGAACUUUGCAUGAGAACAAGCUAAACAGUAGUGAAAAAGUCCAGGUGGCUGUUAGAAAAGUGAAAUCAUUAGAAUCCCUUUUGCUCUCUUCUCUUGCGGCUGCUGCUGAACAUGGUCAGAAUGUUCUUGAUGAUGUGACAGAAACUGGAAAUCUGUUUAAAAUUGCAAAAGAACAUGAAAAGGCCGAGCAUAGGCUUCAGCAGGCAUUAGAAAGUCAGCAGAAAAUCUAUACGGAGCAGAAUGCUUAUAAGCACAUUGCUUGUCGUGGUGCAGUUUUGUUUGAAGUGGCACGAUGUAUGGCAUCUAUGAAUUCACUUUAUCAAAUAUCAUGGGAGAACUUCUUAACACUCUAUAAUGCAGCAAUAUCUAAGUCUGACAAAUUAACAACAAAGAAUCUAAUAGCCAAAUUGACACAAUUGGUUUGGUAUUCUUUGUCAAGAGGUGUACAACAAGAAGAUCGUUUGUUUCUAGAUUUUAUAUUAGCUAUGGAGCUUGAGCAGAUCGAAGGACGGUUGUCGUCUUUUGACAGGAAGUUUCUCUUGUCACCUCAAUCUGUAGCAAGAGAUAUCUACUUAAGUGUGGCUGCUACAGGAACAGUGCCCAACCAUUUACCAGUUCCUAAUGUAAAAGUGUUGGGAAAGAAACCUUUUGAAUGGAUGGCAGAAGAGCAAUGGCACAACAUUCAAAUUGUUGGAUUCACUUACGACUGGUUUUCUGAGGCUGUGGAACGAAUCUAUAAAGAGGGACGUGAGAUCUCAUGGAAGCACCUUUGUGAACACGAUAUGCCACAGUCAAUCUCUCUACCGGAAAACUUGAAUGAGAAGCUAAAUGAAGGACAAAAAUUGCUGUGUCUUCGUACAAUCAGACCAGAUAAAUUAUUGGAAAUCAUCAAGUUUUUUGUUGAGUCAGUUCUAGGGAAUAGACCAUCUGAUGACAUGCUUGAUGACCUGAGUAAUGUUCAUAAGACAACAACACCUAAGAUGCCAGUGUUUCUGUUGUAUGAACAGGAACCAAUGGUCGUGGAAAGGCUUGUAUCAGAUCUUGCUAGAUUCAAGAAGGCAUCUCUGGAUUCUUAUGUGUUGACCGGAGUGCCAGAAGAAGAGCAAGAAGUUGUUGCACUAGUACAGACAGCCAUGGCCAAUGGUGACUGGCUUUUGUUGGAACAUGUGCAGUGUUGUCCACGUUUGCUACAGACAUUAAGCAACUUGUUGAGAGAAACUUCUUCUGUUAGUCAAGCGUUUCAGCUAUGGAUUUCAGCUGACUGCUCUUCAUCGUUUCAGUCAGGAUUGUUACUAGAUUCAGUUCGUGUCAUGGUGGACACCCCAUUCAAUAUGAAGACGGCUGUCUUGAGAUGUCUUUCAUGGAUACCACAAACCUGGACAAGAUUGAGCUCCCGCCAAGAGUGGCUACCUAUGUUGCACAACGUCAGUGUACUUCACAGUGCCCUUCGAUUUCGUACCAGUAUGGAGGGAGUAGGGUUCAAUGUGAAUUAUGUGUGGGAUGUUCAGAAUUUUUGGGAUGCAUUGUCGUAUGUACGAGAUGAGUUUACUUUGGCAGAGAAAGUUGAUCCUAAAGGUGGCACACACGGUCCAAAGGGGAUUUCAUGGACAGGUCUAAAAAAUAUCCUCACUAUGGUUGUGUAUGGAAGUCAGGUGACUGACAGCGUAGAUUAUUAUGCUGUUAGAGCUGUAAUUGACCAGUGGGUCUCUCGGCAAGCAGCAAAGAAAGAUUUUGAAGCUCCGAAAACAAAGUACAAGCCUUCUGUUCAUGCAUACAGCCAGCCAGCACAAAUGGAGAAAAUUUAUAAUGCUGUUAAGUGCUCCAACCUGUCAAGUACACCCGAGAUGUGUGGCAUGUUGACAACAAUGGAGACUCAAUCAAAGGAGGGUUUGCAAAUUUUCUCUCGUCUCCCGUCUGCCUUUGAGUUGCUUGCUGCUGUGUCAAUACCACAGCAUCAUCAAACGAGAAGGACAUUGAUGGGACCUCCUGUUUCUGGUCUGGUGUCAUCAAAAGGAAAAAGGCCUUAUACACCUGCUGUUCUAAAGAGGCGACAAUCUUUUCAUCAUGGGGCUUUCGGAGGGGCCAAUAAACUUGGUGGGAUUGGAAAUUUGUCCAUGUACCUCAAUUAUGGGGCCUUUCUCAAACCGUCAAAAGACCUAGUCUUGUCAGAGCUGAUCAGUAACCUCCUGUCUCGACUGUACAAAGGAUGGAACAAGGAUGGUUUGUCUGAACGUCUGAAUAUGUUGGGAGAAAACCUUCCUCUCCCCUUUUGGCUCAAAGAGGAACUUGAUCAAAUGCAGAAGAUCUUGAACAAAUUUCGAGCUGGUCUUGUGGAUAUUCGAAAUAUCCUCAAUUGUUCAGAUGGAACGUCAACAGUUUUGUCACCUACUUCAUUGUCAAUUGCUUGUGACUUAUUUCACAACCGUAUUCCGACCGUCAUAUAUCAUCUCUUGACUUCCACUUUGCCAUCACAGCAUGAAGGAUCAGUUACCAACUGGAUCCAAAAUCUGACACAUCGUUGUCAACAUAUGGAUCACGUCCUUUCUUUGGGUCAGGAGAAAGUUCCUGGUUUUAACAUCGGAUGUUUCUUUCACCCGGAAGGCCUCUUAGCAAUUUUCAAACAGGAUGCUUUCCAAUUGUAUGAGGCUCGAUUGUCGAUGGCAGAACAGUUUGUUUAUUUGGUUGAGGUUACCACAAGAGAGAAAGAACUGCUUCGAGACCCAGCCACUGAAGGCUUCUUCAUGAUUGGCCUUUAUAUGUGGCAUGCCACAUGGGACAGAACGUCUUCGGAAGUGAUCGAUGUAGCAAGCAAAGUAGUACCUCAGUCAUUACCUAUUGUCCACAUAACUGCUGUACCUGAGACUGAGAAGAUCGCUGCUAUGGAUUUGGCCAAGUAUACAUCAGUGUACAGCUGCCCAUGCUAUUUAUCCAAGUCAAACAGAAGUAAGAUUAUCAUGAAUAUCGAUGUCAAACAAGAUGAAGUGUCAACACUACGAUGGCCUCUCAGAGGUGUGAUGUGUACACUUCGUCCAGUCUAACACACUGUGAAGUACAUGGUUUAUUUUAGUAUUACUUUAUUUUUUCACUCUCCAAUCAAAUUAUGUGUACUAGUCUACAUAUUCUUUCAGCUUAAAAAAUGUCAUUUGAGCAACUACAGCAUAAGGGACGAGGUUUGCA